CAAAAAUAAAAAAUUUUGCUUAGCUAACAGUAGAGCCUAUACCUCAUGAAGUUUAUAUUUUAUUAAAUGGCAACCUUAACACAAGUGAACCUUUAGUCCACAAAAGACGGUCUAAGGAAGAAGAGAUGAGUUGCUUAAGGUUGCAGAAGCGGCUAGCCGCAGCUGUUUUAAAAUGUGGAAAAAGGAAAGUGUGGUUAGAUCCUAAUGAAAUGAGUGAAAUUGCCAAUGCAAAUUCAAGACAAAAUAUUCGUAAGUUGAUUAAGGAUGGUUUAAUUAUUCGCAAGCCAGUUGCUGUCCAUUCUCGUGCACGUGUACGCAAAAAUAAGGAGGCGAGGAGGAAAGGUCGUCAUUGUGGCCCGGGUAAAAGGAAAGGUACUGCUAAUGCUCGGAUGCCCCAGAAAGUAGUGUGGAUUCGUCGUAUGAGGGUUUUAAGAAGACUGUUGAAGAAAUAUAGAGAAGCCAAAAAGAUUGAUAGGCAUUUGUACCAUGAACUUUACAUGAAAGCUAAGGGUAAUGUAUUCAAAAAUAAGCGUGUACUCAUGGAAUUUAUUCACCGAAAGAAGGCUGAGAAAUCAAGAGCUAAGAUGUUGUCAGAUCAAGCUGAAGCAAGGAGGCAGAAGGUGCGUGAAGCCCGUCGCCGACGUGAAGAAAGGAUACAACAAAAGAAAGCAGAAUUAUUGCAAGCCUUCCAAAAGGAAGACGAUUCAGCUGAUUUUGUUCGAGGAAAGAAGGAAGAGGAAUCCACAAAAAAAUAGAUCCCUGUUGUACAUGAUUAAUAAAACGAGUAUUGUCUUUAAA